AGGGCUAGGGGGGCGGCUGGAGUGAGCCAGGCCCACAGCCCAGCCAGCGUCCCAAGGCGCAGCAAGAGGAGGAAGAGCAUUGCCAUUGCCUAUGAGUCUGGGCAGGGGGAUGAUGCUGAGCAGGGCAUGUCUGCGCCCCAGGGGCCACACUGGGAGCCAAGGAACUGGAGGCAGCAGCUGGAGAACAUCCAGGAGAUGAGGAGGAGCAGAGAUGCUCCUGUGGAUGAGAUGGGAGUGCAGAAAUGCUUCGACAGCAGUGCAGCCCCACAGGUGAUGCGCUACCAGGUUCUGCUGGCACUGAUGCUCUCCAGCCAGACCAAGGACCAGGUGACCUCAGCUGCCAUGCUGCGCCUGCGACACCAUGGCCUCACUGUUGACAGCAUCCUGCAGCUGGAUGAUGCAGCUCUUGGGCAGAUGAUUUACCCUGUAGGAUUCUGGAGGAACAAAGUGAAGUACAUCAAGCAGACAACAGCCAUCCUGAAGCAGAAGUAUGGGGGUGACAUCCCAAGGACUGUGGAGGAGCUGGUGCAGCUGCCAGGAGUUGGGCCCAAAAUGGCUCACCUGGCCAUGAACAUUGCCUGGGACAGUGUGUCUGGGAUAGCUGUGGACACCCAUGUGCACAGGAUCACCAACAGGCUGGGGUGGGUGAGGAAGGAGACCAGACACCCUGAGGAGACUCGGCUGGCACUGCAGGACUGGCUGCCCAGGGAUCUCUGGAGGGAGAUCAACUGCCUCUUGGUGGGCUUUGGGCAGCAGACCUGCCUGCCCGUGAGCCCUCGUUGUGCCCAGUGCCUCAAUCAAGACAUUUGCCCUGCUGCUAAGAGACACUGAGGCAGCAGCUGCUCUUGGUGGAGCAACCGAGCUGUGGGACACUGAGGGAUCAUCAGCUCUUCAUGGCUCAAGGAAGCUGCCUCUGCUCAGCGGCAGACCAGGGCUGAGCCCUGCUGAAGCCACACUUCCCAUGGAGCUGGCUGUGUGACUGCAGGGCACAGGAACUGCUGCAGCCUCGCCAGGAAGGGAGCAGCUGCUGGCAGGGGCUGAGAUCUUGAGAGCAGAAAAGAGGCUUUCAAAGUGCAGUGAGAAAGGCUCCAGCCCCCUUCCCUGAAUGCCUCAGCACAUCCAGCAGAGCAGCCACAACGUUGGGAGGAGCUGCAGAGAAAUGCUUUGUCCUAGGAGACCUCCUGCUGCUGCUGCUUGUAAAUACACAUCCA